AUGUCUUUUCUAGGACGAAAGUACCCGGCGCCAGUCGCCAAGCCAAUGCUUCCUUUCUUCGCUGCAGGCCUGAUUGUCCUCUACGGCAUCAACGAGUUCGCGAACGUCAUGAUGAACACACCCGAGUUCAAGAACGACUCGCGCAACCCCCACGCGAAGGCAGCAAAGCUUGAGGAGAAGCGUUGA